AUGCCACACCACGGGAGUUGUUCUGGUGGCAAUCCAAGUCACAGGACCGCCCAGAUGCUCAAACAGCACCACCCAGUUCGGUCCCUACCCCAGAAGCCCCAGCCGCCCCAGCUGCCCCAGCCGCCCCAGCCGCCCCCGCCCCAGCCGCCCCAGCUGCCCCAGCCGCCCCAGCCGCCCCAGCUACGCAGUCUCCGAGUAGCCAAGCUCAGGAGAAAGGCCAAGAGGUCAAAGCAGAGCAAGCAACCAGGCCUCCUGCAAGCCACGCACCACCAGCGAAUACUGGUGGUGCAGCGAAUGCAGGUGACCCAGGGCCAGGCGCAAGCUCAAGCGCAGACCCGAACCCGAGCUCAGCCAGUGGCCCAAGUGGGACAAGGCCAAGCUCAAAGCCCGAACCCCACAGGCACAGACAUGGGCCACACGCAAGCGGCUCGGCUGACAAACCAAGCUCUGCGCCCCGAGCUUCCCGCUCCCCCUCCCCGCACAACGAGCCUGGCCGCUCAUCGGCAGCAGCGGAAGAGGAGUAUGAAAAUACUCCGUGUCAUCAUCGGAAGGCAGCAGGUCCUACUCUGCAUCAUGUGA